AUGGUGCUCCUCGCUAAGGUCUGCCGAGACGGGGUGGUCAGUGAUGCCUUCACCCACGAGAUCAAGAAGCGCUUCAGAGCUCCAAUGGAGGUGACAGUAGCAGCACCGGCUGCCGCACUGGGCCCCGCAGCAGCGCCAGCUAUAGUGCCUCAGGCGAUCACAACAGCCCUGCACACAGGCGCGCAGUGGCAGGCGGUCGUGGCACCACAAGCCACGCUCGCUGGCUUUUCCAUCACCAGCACUGCCCCAGCUGCGGCGACCAGCGCGGCCUACUCGACCUUGGCGCGCGCAAGCGAGCCCAAGCAGCAGCAAGAGCGGCGGCGUCUGCAGGUGGAGCAAACCUCAGAGUUCCUGCACACGCUGCUGCUGUGCGACAGCGGCUACAACAAUAGCGAAGCCCCGCCGGUGGACAACCCAGCCUCGUCACAGUGGAAAGAAAGCGUGGAGGAGGUGAAGGGCUUGCAUGCGGCAGUGGGGGCGGUGGCGGUGUCUGCCGCAAGCAAUCUCAUCUCCUUCCUAAAAACGAGCAUCACGGCGAACGACCAGGCCAGCGAUAGCGAGGCCUCGUCGUCCAGUCUCUUUGACAACCGGCGUAAGCGGCCAGACAAGAGCCCGCUGCUGCUCGCCGCGCAGUGCCUGUACGUCUUGUCGCGUCACUUUCAGUUGACGACGAGUGUGGUGAAGGAGGCGCUGGACCUGAUGGAUGCACUGUACGUGCUCCUGAAGAACUCGUUGCAGAGCCGAGUCGUGCCGCUGUCAGCCUUCAGCGACAACGUCGACACGUGCUGCCUCAACACCCUCAUCUGGCUGUGCGUCUUUUCCAUAGUGAACAUGGCCGCCGUGUGGAAGAAACUGCGCUCCUCCAGCGGGGAGCUGCGUCUGAAUGAGCUGAUUCACUCCGGUGUAGCCGCAUCCAUUGAAGCCACUGUCUCGGCACUGCGCUGCAAGCUCCGUGAGAGUGUGCAGCCGCCGAACAUUGGCGUUGGUGGAGGUCUCUACGGUGACGCGCUGACGGAUGCCCGCCGCGGCGGUGGAGGAGAGCGGCUGCGAGGGGGCAGCGGUGGCAGCCGCGCCGCCUUGACCGCGCCAGCGGUCUUGUACACGUGGCAGGCUCUCGUCGACAGCUAUCUGAGCAUAUUGACCUUGGCAGAAGGCUGCCUCCUCCGCGCCAAAGGGAGUGAACAAGGCUACGACAAGGCCCUGGACGCCUUUCUUGGUGCGCGCAUGGCAUCGCUGUCGUCUCCUCACGCGGCCGUGACGCCGGCAAGCGUUGCGGUUCAUCGCGGCAAGGUUACGAAGCGUAUGGUGGAGCUGGCACCGGUCCCCCGCACCCUGUCAAUCCCCAUUGGUCUUCUCUAUAUUGCUCCGUACGAGAUGAUGUCCUAUCUCUUUGAUGAGAUGCUGCCGCUGCUCCGACAUCUCUCGGAGCUGGAGGUCGCUACACACCGGCGAUAUUGCGAGCAGCUCGAGGAGCUUCCACGCCUGCCCUCGUUUGUGCGCGGCGGCAGUGCCGUGAACCGCGGCGGAAGCGUGGCAGCGCUGGAGGCGUACUACGGCUACCAGCAACGCGAUGCAACGCAGCACGGCCGCCCAGAGGAGAUGAACGGUGAAGAGGCGUGGCUGCUGAAGGUGACACGUGCCGGGGCUGCUGGCGAAGUGGUCGGGGAGCCGUUCACGUCCGAGAUGGCCCACCUGCUCGAGGCACUCGCGGUUUGCCUGCAGCACCUGCCACCAGAGGUGCUGAACCCUGACCUAGACUCCGAUUGUGCGGCGACCUUCUUCAUCUUCAAGAAUUUUGUGAAGCACAUGCGGCAAGUCUUCGCCACGCAGCGCAGCAGCGCGACCUCGGCCGCCGUGGGCGCCGGCGGUGGCAGCAGCAGCAGCGCGAUCGGCGGCUUCGGCGCGGUGUGGGAGAACUACACGCUGAAGUUGAUGACCAAGUUUCUAGAGGUGAUGGCGAUGAUCGGCCGCAACCCGCAGUACACGCAGCGAGUUGUCGUGCUCCUCACGGAUGCGCAGACAGAGUGUGGCGAGAUGAAGUGGCACAGUUUGGUUAGUCAGACGCUCGAGUGCGCUGGCUUGAACAGUGGCGUGAUUGGCGCUCCUGGGGCGGUGGGGAGCAACGGCGGCGCCGCUUCAGCCACGGCGUUGGCAGCGGCGGCGCAGAAGUCCCCUGCCGGGUCUGUGGCGAGUGACACCGCCGAUGGUGACGACAUGUACGCGUUGUCGACAGUGCCAGGCGUGAACGGGGUGCCGCGCGCGUUGCACCGGCAGUUCACCCGCGCCUACGCGCGCAAGUGUCAGCGCCACUACAUCGCCAGCUUCUUUCUCUUGCUGCGCCAGCUGUUUGGCCACCCUACGCUGCGGCCCAUCGUAAGCGCUCACAUGAACCUCGCGCUCGCCCUGGCGUUCCUCUCGGCACCGCAGCAAAGUCAGGUUAUGCUGGGCAGCACACUGUCGCUCAUCUCGGCCCUCGUCACGAAUGCGGCGGAUGCGCAGCUCGUCUGGUCAUUUCUGGAGCAGCGCCGCCUGCUGCAGCAGUCGUCGGUGUGCACACAGCAGCAGAUGCAUGCAGGCGGCGGUAGCGCCAGCUUCGCCUUGUACGACCGCUUCACCGCGUCGUCGUCCGCGGCCUCCACCGGACAGCGCGAGCCGGCGGUACACGAGGAGGCGCUUUCCAUCAUCGGACACUGCCAAUGCGAAUGCACGCAAGGCACCUACGACAUCACCAUUGGCUUCCUCAACCUUGUCACGGCUCUGUUCCAGCACGACCAGCCGUCCAUGGCGGCGCUGCCGGUGUACAACACAGUCACGCACUUCAUCUCGCAUGAAAUACUGCGCGGCGUGCUGAAACGCAUGUUUUCGCGGCCCCAUGAGCGGUACACGGUGAUGGCGCUGGCGUCCGCGGCGCUGCGGCAGGCGCUGCUCGUGCGCUUCCGGAGCAGUGAGAGCGCGCGCACGGCGGUGCUGCCUUUCGCCACCAUCAUGGCCAUCAACAAGGCCCCGACAGACGUGGUGGGCGAGGUGCUGAAGGUAAUUCUUGACGCAAGCGAUGCGCCGUACGAGCUGCUCAGUCACCACCGCGCUUCCGUGCGCCAGGCAAUGCGGCUGCUCAUCACGGCGAUCCAGGCAGCGCGGGAACAAAAGAUUGAGCUUCUACUGUUUGACAACCGCACAACUCUCAACACUGAUCUCGCCGUGCGCGUGUUGGGCAUGUGCUCACUGCACGACACCCUCAUGACGAAGACCACCCUGCAGCUCUUGGUGUUGUUCCCUUUUGAUACGGCCAAUCAGGCGGCGCAUUACUGGGCCGGGCUCACUCACAAGUACACCGCAGUUCUGGACUCCUUUACACAGCUCCUGCAUCCGCUGAACACUGCGCCAGUGGUGGUGCAGGCGCCGCCAGAGCUAGUGCAGCUCGACUUUGAACCGUCAGAGCUCGUCCCUGGGUGGUCGGCCGCGCUGCUUACGGAGACCAAGUCGCUUCUGCUUGAACUUCUCAUGCAGCACGCAGACGUGACAGAGCCGUCUCUGACCGCGUGGAUGGGCGGCUUUUAUGGUGAGGAGUUCUCUCGCCGCGACCGGAGGGGACAGCCGUCCGUCUCCGCAGCCGCGCACGCGGAUUUCACGCAUGGCGGCGUGACAGACGGGGACGGCACCGCCGGCGAGCCUCGAUGGUGGCGCACCACCCUCCUCACCUCCGUCGUUGAGGGGGCCUGCGACUGCGAGGUCGAGCACGCGCAUCCAGCACUGGCCGUCAAGUACGUGAAGCUGCUCUACCUCCUGCGCGCAAACCGCCUCUACGGCUCCCUUGUCAUUCGUCCGUUUUUGGAGUCGGUCUGCCAGACGCUGUUCCUGCGACUGCAGCACUACCGAGCCAGUCAGUGCACCCCGGUCGCACUCAGCAAGUACGCGUACGUGCUCAAACUCCUGGCACUGGAGGCGUGCUACACGUAUCGCACAGUCCCGGAGAGCCUGCGGGUGGCGCAGAAUACGACCAUCACGUCCAUCGCGGUCGAGGUGCUGCUGUCGCUCCUCCACCCCUUCGGCAGCAGCAACGGCGCCUCGGCGGACGGUGGCGCCUCCGCGCCGGGCGACUGUGAAUACACCGCCAUGGAGGAUACUGGUGUUCAGAGUCUCCACGAGAUAGACGGCUACGACAGCGAAACACAUGCGAACGCACUGUCCAAACGCGGCACAUACGAGGACAAGGAGCGUCAGUGGAACGGGGAUGUGGCGGUCAUGUCUCGCGACGCCGCCGUUGACAUUACGAGUUGGCUGCCACAGGCGCUCCAAGUGCUGCCGACCUUCCCAGAGAAGCUGCCCUCCGUUGCGGGAGGGCUGAGCCACCUGGUGCCCGCUGCGACGGACGGCGUCGUGCAGUAUGACAUGACGAGCCUUUAUAGUGCAAUCCAGGCAGAGCAGGAGCGCGCAAACAAGCCACCGAUGACCAUGUCUGAGCUGCGCGACCGGCUGCGCCCUUUCAUUGCCGCGAACGACUGUUUUUUCUCCUACGCGGCAGGCGUCAGCUUUGUGGAGGGCUGGUGCCAGCUGGUGAGUGUGUCGUGCUCUGUCGUGAAGGGCUUGUCGGUGUCGCGACUGAGCUCGUUUGCCUUGUGCAUUCUACGCGGGCUGGACGCCACGACGCGCCUGACCGCAGCAGCCCAGGAGCAAGUGGCGGUUCGCUUGUGCCACUGUCUGUCCACCGUCAUGGCACACCUCCGGCAGACGGUCUGUGCGUCGGUGGCGCUGUCGCUCACGGUGCCGCAGAACGCAGAAGCGGAGGCGGCCUGGUACAACCAGUGCAGCGGGGACUAUCCUGGAGUGCAGGGAAGCCGUUGCGCACCGCUUGAUGCGGCACGCGCGACGUCAUAUCUACACGGGAGGUAUGAGCGUCGCACCGUACCACGCGUGUCAGCCCAGCCCAUGGCGGUCGAGACACUGCCCAGCCAUGACCGUGAGGGGGAGAGAGAGGUCAUAAUCGGGAAGCGCCGCCCGCGCGACGAGAGUCGCCACGCCACGCAUCAACAUCGGAGUGGUCAAGGUGGAGCGACGGUAGGAAGCGCGAGUGUCGGCAUUGGCAAGCCGUUCGCCACCCACGCGGGCGAGCUCAGUAACUUAUUUAGUGCCGCAAGCCGUUCCCAGCUGGCACAGGCGCUGCUGCAGCAGCGCGGAGCAGAGCGCAGCGGUGCAGAGUCUGUUUCGGUGGUGGGUGAGCAGAGUACCAGGCGCGCAUCUUGGAGUAGGUCGGGGGUGGCUGGUGCAGCCUUGCUGUUGGAGCCGCUGGUGCGCGCGCUUGUGCAUUGGGGAACUCGCAUCGCGACGAUACGGGCAGAGUUGUACCUUAGUCUUCUGUGCCUCGCCGAGACACCUGGUGUCAACCUUGACGACGUGGCUGUGUGGCGUUUUCAGAGGGCGCUGCUUGACGUGGUGUGCACAGACAUCUGUAGCAGCAGCGGCUCGAGCGCCGGCGGACGCGGUGAGAGCUGCCGCAGUGCGAACGCGGCCGCAGCGCAGAGACACAAUGACCUCAACGGCGCUGCGCCGGCGAACGGCAGCGACAGCGGAGAGGUCGCACUCUCGUCGCAGGCGCAGCAGGCGGUGGCGCUCCUGGUUGCACUGCUGCAGGCCUCAUCACCGAUUCGCGACGAGUUCUGCAACCCGGACACCGGAAGCGGUGAUGGGCUCGGCAAGUGGGCCAUGCGGUGUGCAACGGCACUUCUCCAGAGCGCCGACCAUGCAGUGUGUAACUUCUUCGCCAGCAACGGCGCGCAAGUGGGCACACUGCUGUGGCACCUACGCAGCGCCUUUGACGUCGUCUCCGUCAUCUCCCUCAGCCACAGCUCGCAGGUGCUGCACAGCGACCUGCUCCACUCGUGCCUCUCGAUGCGGGCGUGGCAGUACAGUACGCUGGUGGUGUUGGGCUACUCUCAGGCGAAUCCCUCCUUCGACCAGGUCCCGAGCAGGUCGCUCGUGGAGCAGAACAAGGAGGUGCUGCAGCACCUUCUGCUAGGUGUGGUGCGGUGGGUGAACCUGCUCCUCUCCUCCCUCGGCGACGCGGCGCCGCUCUUGUACGACGUGCAAAAGUUCAUCCGCGAAAACCGGCAACUGAUCGACCACGUCUUCCUCGCUCCCGCGGCCGUCAGCAGCACCAUCGCUGGAUCAGCGCGUCUCAGCGCGUCGCACCUGACGCUGUGCGCGGAGCUUUCUGACUGCCUGCGCGCCCUCUCGUGCUCUGUGCUAGCGGUGGACUGCCGCAGCCUCGUUGAUGGCAUGGCGCUGGCCGAGUUGAUGAGUAUGCUGAGCAGCGACGACGUGUGGCGCCGCGGUCCGACGGAGCUGUACGGCUUCGCAGAUGUCGACAGCGGGGAGGGCGGCUUGGGCGGUGCCGCUGGAGGCGCAUCCGUGGCCUCGCCAGUCACGGCAGGAGCAGCGGUCCCAGAUCGAAACGACGACAACGGCAGAGAGGAUGCAAAGGGGGCUCUGGCAAAGUUAGCCGCGGCAACUGGCACCGCUGCAGCGCACGCCGUUUCCGCAGCCGAACGUGGGCGCGAUGUUGUGGCGCUGACGGUGCGCAAUCUUGCCCAUCUGUUGCUUAACACGGAGUACGGGCAGCGCAGCAGCGAGGAUGCCGGCGUCUUCAUCGCCUACGCCGACAGCACGCCGAUGCUCCGCCAUUCUGCUGGGAAGCGGCAACUCGUCGCGAAAAUCGUCCGCCAUGUCGCUCAGUCCCUAGUGCAGACAAGCACUUCAGAGGUGCGAGAGUUCCGCCUUGAGUGCUACCUGUACGCGCUGCACGCCAUGGUCUGCCUGCUGCACUCCUUUGUUCUUCCCCUGGCAUCUGCAGUGCCAUUGCAGAAGCAGUCGUCGUGCCCCAGCAGCCUGCCGGAAGAUUUUGUGCGCUAUCUAUCCGAGCUCCCGCUCAGCGAGUUCGCCGACACCCUGAGGCAGGCGCAAGAAGCCGUGUAUCAGUUGCGCGAAUUCAACACCGACUACCGUGGCGGACUCCGCGCGAGUCGGGUGGCCGCAAACGCCUGGGUCAUUGGUGCCUCCUCUGCUGGACCGCACACACUGAGCAACAGCGUGCGCGUUGCCAACACCAACGGCGCUGCGAGCACCGCAGAUCAGAUAGCGACCGUGUCGUCUACACCUUCCAACGCGCCAUCCUCUCCGCCGGCAACAGCACAUGGUGGGAGUGGCAUCUCCGACGCCAUCAGCAUGCCACUGACACCAGGGUUGUUGCCCGCAGCUGAUGGCCGCUUUGGCGGGCGCGACAGUGGGACAGGGCCGCCGGCGAUGCCGCAGUCCUCAGCUGCGGCGGAGCUCGCCCCGGCGUCGCCUGGGCGACACGAGUCGCAUUCCGGCGGCCCGCUUUCGUCAACCGCGGCAAGUCACAUUGGAGGAAGUGGACAUGACCCGAACACGAUGGUGGCGUUCAACCUCGAUGGGUCCUCUUCCCGUCCCCCGCAUGUGCAGGGACAGGAUGACGCGAGGGCUCGCCCUGGUGCAGCGUCGGCUGUAAGCAACACCCAGGCCCUCCUGCUGCCUGCCACGGAAGAUGGGGCGAAGCUCAACCCGGACGUUACGCUAUGGGAGCUGCUACCGGGGCGCGGUGGCGCACAUGAGGGUGAAUGGACGCGGCUGUACGACUCGGCUACGGCGCACGAUGUCCCCGGCACUGUCGUCGACGGUGACUUGGACUCCACGGGCAUCCGCAGUGCGCCACUACAGUGGAAGGACGUGCUGAACGUCGAAAACGAAGUGCGGCAGGUGAAGAUUGCAAUCGCCAACGCGCUGCGGGCAACGAAUGGGGCAAUGAGUAUCGUGCGAAGGAACGCGUAG